GCGCUCUUCCAGCUGCGGAGCAAGCCUUCGCCCUUCUGGCUCUCUCGUCUGUCCUUCUCCGCAAACCCCUUUCAUUUUGCGCUCGUCAGAUACCCUCUUGCCCGCCUUACAUUCCCCAUAAUCCAUACGUACCAUGUCUCAACACUCCAACUACGACGAACAGCAGCGCCAUGCGUUGCACUUGAACCUCAGCAUGAAGGAGGCGGACGCCCGAGAGAAUGAGGAGCUUGGCCUCCUGCCGGAGAGCCAGAAUACAUCCCCCUCGGUCUGCGGCAUGCCACUCAAAUACGUCUCACUAGUGACUCUGGCAGUCCAAAAUGCCCUACUAACACUCAUAAUGCAUUACUCGCGCGUAUCCGCCGCGCCAUCAGAAACGUAUUCCGCCGCCGCCGCCGUGCUCAUGACGGAGCUGCUCAAAGGCUCCAUAUCCCUCGUCGUCGCCUUCACGCGUCUCGAUUGCUCUGGCCAGCCCAGCCCAUCAAUAUGGAAUCCCCACGCGCUAUUGUACCGCUUCCGCCGACUAGGCAAAGAGGUAUUCCGACCCGACUGCUGGAAAUUAUCUAUCCCCGCUAUCCUAUACGUUAUUCAAAAUAAUCUCCAGUUCGUCGCCGUGUCCAAUCUCGAUGCCGCGACAUUCCAGGUCAGCUACCAGAUGAAGAUUCUGACCACAGCAGCGUUCUCUGUUGUGCUUCUUCGCAGAAGACUCAGCCCGACAAAGUGGCUUGCGCUGCUGUUUCUCGCCAUUGGUGUCGGUAUCGUUCAGAUACAGAGCGGGCAUUCACCCUCCUCGUCCACUGACGCCUCACACGACUUGAAUGCGUUCAAGGGUUUUAUGGCCGUCGUCGCUGCAUGCUUCACGUCUGGUCUCGCAGGUGUCUAUUUCGAGAUGGUGCUGAAGAACUCGCCAGCGGACCUCUGGGUACGCAACGUCCAGCUGUCACUCUUCUCCCUACUCCCUGCACUCCUCCCGAUCGUCUUCUCCAAGUCAGCACCUAGUCCUACGUCCGGCGUCGUGAGCCUGCAGUUGUUCGCGCAUUUCGGUGUCUGGGCAUGGGCGACGGUAUGUGUGCAAGUUCUUGGUGGGCUGUUAACCGCGUUGGUCAUCAAGUACGCGGAUAACAUCCUGAAGGGCUUCGCCACCUCUCUCAGCAUCGUCAUUUCAUUCCUUGCCUCAGUCGCCCUAUUCAACUUCCAGAUGACGCUCACGUUCAUCCUCGGGUCUUCAGUUGUCCUCGUCGCGACAUGGAUGUACAACCAGCCUGACACAUGUGGGUCUGAUGGCAGGUCUUGGAACUGGCGUUGGCAGAGACCGUCACAGCCACCUCGCGGGUCCUCGGCGCUGGAGUUUGCAGGUGUCACGCUGUCGAGACGGGCAUCCACGUCGUCGCUGUCAUCGCUUACCUCGUUGUCAUCGAUCACCGGGCCAGGGACCAAGUCAUACCCUGGCUCUCCUGUGGAGCGUGAUGCCCCGUCUUUGAGCCAGCUACUGGAGAAGAAUCUAGUAAUGAAGAAGCAGGACGACCCAUCACGCCUCGCCGCUGCUCUAUCAGCAUUCUCGCCUCUUCGAGCCGCCGCCCGCAUGCUCUCACGCACGCCCUCUGGGUACCAACCGGUCUUGCCCACUUCAUCGUCCGUCCCUGCGAUGACGUUCUCCACAUCAGAGAACACGUACGCAUUCCCACCACACUCGCCGGCCUUCCAACCCCAACCAGUGCUCGCAACAUCGCUGACGUCAUCGACCUCAUACCCGCCACUGUCUUCACGGCCGCCCAGCGCACUCUCAUCGCACGUCUCGCGGCCAACAAGCGCGAUGGGACAUGCCGCGUCCCUCUCCGCUCCGGCAGACUUUGUCUCGUCUCAUCAUACCCAAUGAACUUUGACUUUGUCCGCGUUUCUAGUCUUAAACACUUACACCUAGUCGUGCUGCCGAGCGAUGUCUUUCUUUCACGUCGACGUCGGUAUUUUGCAUUUUACCCGCAACUUAGAGGCUCCGGUUGCGCGGUGAACGCUAGGGACUGUAUUUUUAUUACUUCCGUUCGUUGCUGUGGACCUGCAUCAUCCCCUCGCACGCACACUCUACCUACCUGCUCCCUUGUCAAUUAGCGUAUUCUUUCUAUUGGACCAUUUGUAGACAUGUUGACCGCGCACUUGUGCGUGUCGCGGUUUGGGCUUCGCAUUUCCUGCCCAGGCUUGUAAUCUUUUGUCUCGAUUUUCAUUUCUAUUGUACAUAUGCUGUCGCGGAACGAAAGAGAAUCAAUGCAGGACAUGCACAA